AUGUCUCGACCGGUGGGGUCCGAAAGGUGGGGCAAAGGUUGGGUCUCACCUUCCGACAUAAAUCCCGACGAUCGUUCUCCCCUUCCUAUACAUCUCGGCAACGGUGCGGCGUGGUCUAGUCAAACGGGCGGAGCAGUACCGACGAGGAAUUGGGCAGGUCCUUGGCCCAUUUGGCCCGCUUCCCUCAACAAAGGCAAAGGCAAAGGAGGCCCUAAUCCGGAGAGUUUUCAUAAAGGAGAUCAGUCGGUUGUGGAUUUGGCAAAAGAUGUUAGGAUUGAGAGCGGUAGGACUUGGGCUUGUUUCGCCACAGGGCCUUGCCACGCUUGUCCUAGAGACGAGGUGAGUGUCGUACUAGUUAAGGCUGCAGUGUGAGCUUGACAAGUCCAAGGCAAGCAUGUACUAUAUGCCUGAUGCUGCUCUACAGCUCGUCGGUCUACAUUUGCUGCGCUUGGCCCACUUUUUCUACCAUCAAUCUAAUCUCUCACCCUUGAUGCCAUAUCAGAUUCACCAGCCUUGGUGCGAGCCGUACGGCGCUCGCAGGCCAAUCGAGUGCGCACUAGUCACCUCGACAACAUCCACUCGGCCCUCCCUCAAUUCUACCGGCUCAUCUUCUUCAUCUGGUACAACCAAGGAUCCCUUACCGCUAGACACGCGCGAUUGGAACGUUCCGCAGCUGGAUCCCUUCGCAUUCAGGCGGGCAGAUGAGAAAGGAGGGGUCAGUCAUGCUCCCCUUGUGAGGGUGGGAUACGAAACUUGCGGCAGGGAUGUGGAUGCUACGAGAAACGGCUGGGUCAGCUUUUUGGUGAGUUGACAAUGCCAAGAUGGUCCAGGUGCGCGACUUGCGGGUACGGAGCAGAGCGCAGACAGGGGGCGCAUCUCUGGCUUUCAUUGGUCCCUCUUCAUGACUCGUAGCUCAUUUGCGUCUCUAUUGAUCAUCCACCAUAAUCAGCUGCUCGACCUGUUCUUUGCACUCGGAGCACUCUUUCUCCUCGUGCAGCGGCAAAGGCUGCUAGCUUCGAAGCACCGCAAUGUCCUUGCCAGCCGGGUAGGCAGAGGCUCAUCGCGAGCAUGA